UCCAUAAUUCUCUAUAUUGUUACUCAUUGAUAUUUUUUCUAACAUAUUCAAUAUAUUUCGGAUCAAAGUCUUGGGAAAGAAGAAAAACGGCAAUUCAUAUUUAUAAAGCAGUAUGCAAUAAAAGAGUCUAUCGGCUCGAGAAAAAUCCUAGAAAAACCCUAAAAAAAGAAUCAUGCAAUGAAAAUGACUGAGUGAGGUAUAAAAGAUUGAAAUAACCUCAAAAAAUGCAGUUCCUAGGUUGAAUUUACUCUCUUUCAAUAUCAAACCUACAAGAAAUGAAGUUUACUGAUAUAUCAUCAUGGCAUUCAUUCUUUCUGUUCUUCUUCUUCUUCAUCAAUGAGGAUGCCAUUGAAGCUUUGACAUAUGACUAUAGAGCAACUACAAAGUGUUUGAUGGAAGCUUGGGAUGCUCAAUAUGGUGGAGGUAUCAUACAUAAUCCAAACUUCAACAAUGGUGUUGAAGGAUGGAAACCAUUUGGAUUAGGGAAAAUUGAAGCAAGAACAUUCAAAAAUGGGAAUAAAUUUAUUGCAGCUCUCAAUAGAACACUACCAUCUGAUAGCAUUUCCCAAAGAGUUCUACUUGAAGAAGGAAAGCUUUAUGCAUUUGCGGCAUGGAUUCAAUUAAAUGAAGGCAGAGAAGUAAUUAGUGUUAGAUUUAGACGACGUCCAGCUUAUGGACAGGAAUAUCUUCAUGGAGGUACAGUAAUAGCUAAGCAUGGAUGUUGGAGCAUGCUUAAAGGUGGUAUUGUUGCUAAUUUUUCUGGCCCUGUUGAUAUCACUUUUGAGACGAAUAACACAUCUGUAGAAGUUUGGGUAGACAAUGUCUCGUUACAACCCUUUACUAAGAAGCAAUGGACACUCCACCAAGAACACACCAUUAAUAAGGUAAGAAAACACAAGGUGAAAUUCCAAGUGACAAAUCAAGACAAUACAACACUACAAGGAGCAAAAAUCAGUCUAAGGCAAAUAAAGGCAGGUUUUCCUAUAGGAUGUGAAAUAAACUCCUACAUCCUAAACAUCACAAAAUACAAAGAAUGGUUUCUAGCAUCAAAAUUUUCAGUCACAGCCUUUGGCAAUGAAAUGAAAUGGUAUUUCACUGAAGAAAAACUACAAGGACAUGAAAACUACACAAUUCCUGAUGCCAUGUUACAACUUUGUGAACAAAAUCAAAUCGAUGUUAGAGGACAUAACAUAUUCUGGGACGAUCCAAAGUACCAACCCGAGUGGUUAGACCCUAGAAUAAGCCCGAAAAGGCUUAGAAAACUCGUUGAAAAGAGGCUAAAAUCGAUUGUUUUAAGGUAUAAAGGGAGACUAAUUCAUUGGGAUGUUAUGAAUGAAAACUUACAUUUUAAGUUCUAUGAAGAAAAACUUGGUCGAAAUGCAACAUAUGAGAUUUUUUCUAGAGUACAUGAGCUUGAUCAAAAGCCGAUUUUGUUCAUGAAUGAGUAUAAUACUAUAGAGGUUAGUGAAGAUAUCGAAUCAAUGCCUGCAAGAUAUGCUAGAAAAUUGAAGAAAAUUGGUGCAUAUAAUAGAGAAAUGUUACCUUUGGGAGUAGGGUUAGAAUCAAGGUUUGGUCAUGAUCAGCCUAAUUUUGCUUAUAUGAGAGCAGCAAUUGAUUACUUAGCUUCAAUGGGAUUCUCUGUUUGGCUUACUGAAGUGUUUGUUGAUAAAGGAGUUAAUCAGGCAGAGUAUUUGGAGGAAGUUCUAAGGGAAGGAUAUUCACAUCCAGCUGUAGAAGGGAUUGUAAUAUGGCCCACUUCACCAUUUAGUACAGAGUGUAAAAUGUGUUUGGUUGAUAUUCAACAAGACUUCAAAAAGACAAAAACUGGUGAUACUGUUGACAAGUUCAUUGCAAAAUUAUGGAGCUCAAGACCAUUGAAAUUUACAAGUAAUGAACAAGGAUUUUCUGAAUCAGUUUUACUUAUUGGGGAUUAUGAUGUUAUUGUUAGGCAUCCAACAACAAAUAAAUUUACUAAAUUUAAGCUGAAAGUGACUGAAAAUUCAGCUCAUUUAGUGCAUCUUCAUCUUGAUGCAUAUUAGUGACUAGAUGAUGUGAUUAUUGUUGCUUAAUAAAAGGUUAAUUACCAAA